AAACUGUCAGUCGCCUGUCGUUGUCAGAGUUGCGCGCGCGUCGAUUAUGCGCACUCACUGUGAAUUCAUGUAUUCAUAUACAAAUUCCCGUGGUCCCUGACGAACCGGACUGCCACAACUAUGACGCAAGAAGGACUCUUCGGUUGUCCGGAUGAUGAAUUUCAAUCGUCAUCCGGAAACAUAUCUGAUGACGAUGAAAUUGUGCUCAGGAAAGACGAUGAUAUUACGUUAAGGAAAAACAAAGUGCGAGAUAUGAUAGUGCGCUUUGAGCAAACUUCUCUAAAAAACAAUUUUCGUGCUUCGAGUGAAUCAAUAGAAAAAACUAAAGAUGUGUAUCUUGGAAGUGUUGUCAAUCCUAUUCAAGCCUAUUUUCAACAUUUAAACCCUGUGACUAGAUCUCAAGACAGGAACUCUAAUUUAUCAGUGAAUUCCCUGUUAUCAAACAUUUCGGAAAAUGGUUACGAUUCUAGUUCAUCCGGUUUUGUUUCUGAAUCAAGGAAAUCUACUAGGAAUAGCCUGCAGCCACACAGGCCUGCGCCACCCCCACCUGAGCCUUUCAACGAUAGUUCUUCAAUUGAAAGUAAAUCACCUGCUCCAGCUGAGGUCGAUUACACAGAGAGACGAUUUUCUUUUACGACACCAAACUCCUCGCCUGUUGCAAGACGGCGUUCGCGACCGCCACCGGUUUUACGUAGGAAAUCAACAGCUGGCAGUCAAGGGCAUGUAGGUGAAACUCAUUGGUCAUACGGUGUAAGUCAAAGUGAUCUAGAAAAACUAUUGCGGCUGAAGCGGUCAGUACCAUCUGAUAAUGAAGAAGAUAUUAAAAUAGAGAAAGUACAAUCAGAUGAGGAAAGAAGGGGAAGUAGUAGUAGCAGCGGCAGUGGCAGUAGUGGUAGCGAUGGCUCCAAUAGAGGUGCAGAGUACGUCAUUAACCAGGACGAGGACAGAGCCGACACGCUAUCUGCUGAUCACUCAACAGACACUUUGAUAAACGAAGACGAUGGCGAGGGCCAGGAUAAUUUAUCCGUCACUUCUAGUGAAACUAGUGAAAAUAGUAAUAUUAUGGACAAUGUUAGCAUUAAAUCUAUAUCAUCAUUUGACAUGGUGCCCUACCAGAAAUAUGAUAGUAUAACUAUAUCUUCAGAUGAAUUUGGUUCUGAAGUGUGCCACGCGCCUUCGACCGAGUUCUUGACAGUGAGUGCAGUGAACGAAUGGUGCGUUUCGAGAUCUGCAGAACCGGUAUUGAUACCAGUGGAAUCUAAGAAGGAGAAGUACCGAAGGAGAUUGACAGAACGCGUGAACGAGCUGAUCCAUACAGAAAAUGUUUACGUGGAGAGACUGAAGCAUGUAAUCGUGAAUUAUAUGCCGGAGGCGGGGCGGGGGGAGCUGGACGUCAGCAUGCCCCCCUCCCUCGUCAAGCUGAAGCCCCUCAUCUUCGCCAACAUUGAAGACAUUUUCAGGUUUCACUCGGAGGAGUUUCUGCCCGCGCUCAGAGAUUGUGAACAUGACCUCAGGAAGCUGGGGCAGUGUUUUAGACAGUUUGAACAACGGUUUAACAUGUAUGUUAUGUACUCUAGGAAUAACAAAACUGCCACUAGACUAGUAUAUGAAUACAAAGACUUCUUUCAGAGGCGGCAACUAGACAUCAACGACAGAUUAGACCUAUCAAGCUACUUAUUAGAACCAAUCCAAAGAAUACCGAGGUACAAGCUCUUCCUAGUGGACCUGGUGAAGACGUAUACCAACUACGAAAAUGAGAGGUGCGAGACCGACUCCAGGAUAUCCAAGUUGAGUGUGGACAGUGAUGAGACCGGAGGCAGCAAUGGAGAGUCCUCGGAUAAUGAGGAGACUCCAUUCGAAAGCCUCAAGAGAGCAAAAACUAUGAUUGAACGUAUAUUAACUGCGAUAGAUGAAAUUAUGGCUUUGGAGAAUAUUAAAGACUGCCCGGCUGAAUUAAAUCUACUUCAACAAGGAAGGUUGUUGCGGCAAAACGAGUUCUAUGCGAUGGAUUUAGCUCGACGGAAAAGGCAACUGAUGAGGGUCUUUCUCUUUGACAAGUUGGUGUUGAUCACUGUCGUCUUUCGGAAGCAGCCAAGAGUGGAGUGUUUCAUCUAUAAAGACCACAUACCAGUGGACGACCUGGGCAUCACAGCUAAAGAGGAAGACCACCACAAGUUCACCAUCUGGUACAAGAAGCGGAACCUCAAGUCAUACAAGUUGGAGACUGCAGAGACGGCCGUCAGGGAGACCUGGGUCGAGGAGAUCACUACUCUUCUUUGGGAACAGGCCAUGCAGAAGAAAGAACUCCUGCUGCAACAACGCAACAAAAGGAUUUCGACGAUAUCGAUGAAAAGCCAGCAGUCGGCGGACGGCGACAGAGACGAUAAAUGUUCGUUAGAUGGUUUCGUAGUCGUGAAGUUGCACCAAUGACUAGCUUUGUAGAUAAUUCACUUCGAGGAGUGCCGGGAGAAGUGCGUAGGUUCGGUGAGAAGAUAUCCCGAAGGACCACCUGGUAUUACGAAUGAGCUCACAUGGACUUAGAGAUGUGUUCCCGCCCUGGCGUAAAUCCAUCUCUGCAUGGACUCGUAUCUCCGUAAUCAUACACAACACCUGUGAUUUUGGAAACGUUGUAAUUUUAUAUAUCGUAAUUAUAUUAACGAUUGACGUAAAGUAAAAUGUUAUUAAUUACUGUGGUAAGCUUACAACACAUUAUGUUAGAAGAAUAGAAGACUUUUCCAUAGAAACCGUACUGAUAAACAUUAAUUAAGGAAUUUAUAUUAUGACUUCCAAAGACUUAAGUAAAUGUAUAUAAUAAAAUUGAUAGAGAGAUACAAAUUGUUAUAUGUUUGAAAUUCAAAUUUAUUGAGAAAAAUAAAGUUUUCAAUUAUACAUUCGUGAAGCUUACUAAAAGGUAUUAUUAUUCUUUGUAUAAAUACGACGUAUUACUAGUGUUCGUUCAGUCAUUAUUUUAUGGAUAAACGUUGUUAUAUAGUAUAAUUUAUGUACUAGUUAUUUGUAAAUAAACAUUAAUCAACAAAGCUGCUACUGUUAAAUUUUAAAUGUAAUGUAAAUGUUAAAUUGUAUUACAUUUAUUAAAUCCACAUAUUAAAAAGAAAA